AUGUCAAGAAAAUCUAUCGCGCUUUUAUUUUUAAAUAUUUUUACUAUAAUAAUCAAUUCUCUUGCUGAGGAAACGGAUUUGAGAGUUUGUAUACCGAACUUAGGAUGUCUGCAAGGUACAUAUUUGUCUGGAUUUCAAAUAGAAAAAUUUGAAGCUUUUAUGGGAAUACCAUAUGCCAAGCCACCAGUAGGCAAAUUAAGACUGCAAAAUCCCGAACCUUUUGGGUCAUGGGAAAAUGUAAUGCAAGCCACUAAACCGAAACCAAGCUGUUUACAAAAAAACUAUUUUUUGGAAACGCACCCUAUUAUGGGAGUUGAAGAUUGUUUAUAUUUAAAUUUAUAUCGUCCUCAAAGGAGUACAAAAUUAUUACCAAUUAUUUUUUAUAUACAUGGUGGUGGUUUUAGCUUUGGAUCACCACAUCCUGACAUGUUAGGCCCAGCCUACUUUAUGGAUACACAAGAGGUUAUACUUAUAACUUUUGCUUAUCGUUUAGGUCCUUUUGGCUUUCUUAGUACGGGUGAUGAAUACAUGCCUGGAAAUUUUGGACUUAAGGAUCAAAAUUUAGCAUUGAAGUGGGUAUUUGAUAAUGCAGUUUAUUUUAGUGGGGAUUCCAAUUCCAUAACAAUUUUCGGCCAUAGUAUUGGUGGGUCUUCAGUGCAAUUUCAUAUGUUAAGUCCAGCGUCACAAGGCCUUUUUAAACGUGCAAUAAUGAUGAGUGGCACAGCUAUAGCACCAUUUGCUGCUACUCUAAAGGAACCUCGACUGCAGGCAAAUAUGAUAUCUGCAGCAGUAGGUAUAACCGAUUCAGAGCAACUAUCAUCUGAGCAAUUACUUAAUAGUCUACAAAAUGUGGAUGCACUUACCUUACUUAAUGCUAGUGAUGUACUAAAAUUUUGGCGACAUUAUAAUUUGAUUAAUUACCGUACUGUUAUUGAGCAUAGUUCAUGGUCCAAUGCAUUUCUAGUAUGCGAGCCUGAUACAUUGUUGAAAAGUGGAAACGUAACUCAAGUUCCAAUGAUGAUGGGGAUGGUGCCUAGUGGGGGUGAGGGUAAUAUAUUUGCAAUGCGUUUAUUAGAAUCUGAGGAGUUACGCAAAGAAUUCAAUGCAAAUUUUGAAAAUAUAUUAACGAAUAUAAUAGAGCUUCCCAAAGAAAUAUCCAAUAAAGAUGUAAAAGAAAAAAUGAAUUUGAUAAUCGAUGAAUAUUUUCAAGGUAAACGUGAACUAAAUAAUGAUACGUUAAAAGGCUUUGUAGAGCUUCUUGGUGAUAUUUCUUUUUUGUAUCCUUACUAUAAAACUAUUGAAUAUUAUGUAAAGCAAUCCAAUAUAAGACAAAAUCCUUUGUAUCUAUAUAUAUUUAAUUAUAAAGGACAUUAUACCUAUACUACCGGUUAUUCUAGUAAUACAAUUACUGAUAUUGGAGUAUCACAUCUUGACGAUAUGAUUUAUCUUUUCGAAGCCCCUGAUCUUUUUCCUAAUGGCUUUGAGAAGAAGUCUAUUGAUGCUGAAUUAGUCCAAGAAUUUACACAACUAUUUGUAGAAUUCGCUAAAUAUGGGAAAUCCACCGCCUAUAAUCAAGUGCAAGAAUGCAAUGGUGAAAACUUUUAUAAACACGAUGAAACUGGUAUUUGCAAUUAUCUUGAAUAUCGCAAUGAUGGUAAGAAAUUUAAAGCCGUGACACAGCAGGGUUUUAACGUGAAAAGAAUGAAAUUUUGGGAUAACAUUUGA